AUGCCACCAAAACGCCCCCGCCCCGCCCCCGCCAACUUCGCCGCCCUGCGCCACUACUCCCUCGCCCCGCUCCCCUCCAGCACCACCACCACCACCACCACCACCCCCUCCACCGCCCUCACCACCGAGAUCCAAUCCCUCCGCCGCCUCAUCAUGGACCAAGAACUCUCCAUCUCCACCCUACGCCAGCAGCUCCCCUCCCCCACCACCACCCCCUCCCCCAACACCCCCCCAUCCCCCAAAACCCACCUCCGCACCCUCCGCGCGCGCAAAACCGCCCACGACACCACCUUCGCCACAAUCGACCACCUCCCGCCCGCCGCCUCCCCACUCAACCUCCUCCUCGCCUACCGGUCCGUGCUGCUCGUCACCUCGCGCACCGCCGAGUCGCUCGUCACCGUAAAAGCCGCAAUCAGCGCCGCCGCCGCAACACUGGACCGUGAAGCCGCCGAGCUGGGACAGCAGCGGGCUAUUACCGAGGCGCUGGUGCGGAGGUUGGAGCGUGAGGAGGGGGAGGGGGAGGGGGAGGGGGGUGGGAGGGGGGUGGCGGAGAUGGUGAAGCGGCGGAAGGAGGUGGGGAGGAGGACGGCGGGGGUGUUGAGGGAGGAGGGGGAGGCGGGGGAGGAGCCAGAGAAGAGGAUGGCGAGGGACUUUAUGGAGGUGCUUGAGUCACUAAUGAACGCCUCCCUCGAGAACGACCCCUACAUCCCCAUGAAGCAAGACACAGCAAUCGUGCGCUUCCUCGUCAGGGCCAAGGUUGCGGCGUUCCAUCCCAAGGACGCCCGCAGGCUGCGGCUGGUGGACUUUGGGAGCAGCGUGGAGGAUGGGUAG